AUGGGCGAUCUCGUAUUUCGCACGCUUCGCAACCUGCACCUGCACCUCCUAGAGAACGUGCAGAUCGACGCGCAGCAGGCGAGCGUCGAGCGGCAGGUGCUGCGCCUCGACGACGAGAAGGCGCUGCUCGAGGCGGAGCGCGACCUGCUGCGCCGCGAGCACCUGCUGCUGCGCGCCGACGAGGAGGCGCUCGAGCGCGUCGAGGCGGAGCUGCGCGCGGAGAAGCUUGCGCUCGAGGCGGACCGCGACCGCCUCAUGGCGCAAGGGCAGUACCUCGCGGCUGCUGCCGCCGCCGCCGCGGCGGAAGCGAUGGGGGGAGCAAGAAGGGGAGCGGAAGCGAGCCCGGCGGGGGAGGUCUUGGCGGAAGCGGAAGACGAGAUUGCGCGGGGGUGCUCUUCGAGCGGGGAAGGAAGCGGCGGCUCAGGGUCGGGGGAGGGGAAGGGGAAGAGGGGGGAUUGCGCGGGGUGCGGGGAGUGCCUGUGCGCGGUAGAGGUGGUGGAGGCGGAAGGGCAGCUGGAGGCUUCCGCGUGUGUGGCGGGGACGCGGUGGAAGGGCUCCGCUGCCGCUUGGGGAGGCUUGCGCGGCGAGCAUCUCCGCGCCACGGGGGCUUGUCCGCGCGCCCUUGCUGCGCACGAGAGCUGCUCUGUUUCCGCGCGAGAGAGCUGCGCGCCUGCUGCUUCCUGCACGCCCUCCGCUUCUAAUGCGCCUCUAGACGAAGCAGCUGUUGCGCCCGCGCGCAGCACCUCACUCGCAGCAACAAAAGAAGACGAAUGUGUUGGUGGGAAAUGGCGGCUGAAAUUCGAAGCGGCCGCAGCCAGAGCGGCCGACACGGCUGGCCUGGCUGAAAGCCUGCUGUUUGACAGGUCAGCACGACCGGCUGCUGACGUGGCUGGCCCAAGUGGAAGCCUGCUGUUUGACAGGUCAGCACGACCGGUGGCGGCAGAAUCAAGCCGGUCAUCAGAGGAGAGGUGGUCAAAGACGAGUGGUGCGGUUGGAGCAGCUGAAGAUGAAUCUAGGGGCAGCGGUGCAGAGGCUGUGGGGGCGUGUGGGCGUGCAGAGGUGCCGAGUGGGUCAGAGGGCGAGGCAGCAAGUGGGACCGGUGCAGAUGUGGGCGAGCGGCAGGUAGAGGGGACGGAGCAGCUAUGCCGGCUGGCACAGCAGGAGCAGGUGGAAACGCUUUCUCAGCAGCAGCAGCAGCAGCAGCAGCAGGAGGCUCAUCCUCCGCCCCAGCCGGCGCCAGAGGCGUUGGCGUCACAGCUAGGGCGGUUGGUGCAGCGGGAGCAGGUGGUGGUGGCGCUGAUACAGAAGGCCAUCGCGCAGCACAAGGUGGUGCUGGCGCGCUGCGACAUGGCGUCCGUGCGCUACGAGACGCUCAUCGUGAGAAGAGACGCGGUUACUGCGCAGUACAACCUGGUGUUACGGCUGAAGAAGCAGAUGAUCGAGGAUAUGAAGCAGUUCAAGGCAGAAAGGGAAAGAACCGACGACUGGCGCGUCAUGCCUGCUGGCAACAUGCCAGCUGCCGACAUGCCAUCUGGCGACAUGCCAGCUGCCGACAUGCCAGCUGGCGACAUGCCAGCUGGCGACAUGCCUGCUGCCGUCAUGCCUGCUGAGGCCGUGCCUGUUGGCGACAUGCCAUCACUUACGGAAUUUCGUCCGUCUCUUGUUGAUGGGGAGGGGUUGCAUGACAGGGAGGCAUGCGGGGAGGGCGGCAGUGGUGGAGAUGUUUGA